UUAAAAAUGCAUUCAAUUGCAUUUCGAAUAUUAGCGGAGGAUUUGGCUCAAGAACAUGAGCAAGAAAUUUUGAAACAGAGGAUCAAUCGGAGAAACUUGAGAGACGCAGCAAAUCCACUUGAGCUGCCUAAUUUCUUAUUUCAAAAAUAUUACAGAGUAAAUAAACCAGCAUUUAUUUACCUGUUAGAGGAACUUACUGAGGAACUACAACCAGCAAAGAAGCAGUUUGCAGUUGCUCCAAUUGUGAAAUUGUGCGCUUGUUUGCGUUUCUUUGCUGAAGGAAAAUUGUUGACAAAAAUUAGUCAGCAUGGUUCGAUAGCGCUCGCUAUUCACCGUAACGGUUGUUCCGUCAUUUCAAAAGAAAUAACGACCGAUGAUGCCGCCAGCGUGUAA